UGUGCUUUGGACAUGACAAUUACAACUAUUUAUUUCAUUAAUUGUUUUGUUCACAUAGAUUUCAAAUGGUCCAAAAUGAUCAUCAUUAUUUCCAAAGAAAAUUCUGCAAGGCAGUGAUUGAAAAAUGCUAUGAUAUCAUUCACUUUGUUUCACUUUAAUAGAAUAUUUGCAGCCAUUAAACAACUUGCAAAUUGGGCUAUGCUAGAAAUAGAAACUGCACAAAUGACAGCCUAAGUAGGCCAACCAUGAAACUGAGAUUUCCCUGCAGUCACAUUUGUUAACCUCAUCUUGGCAGUCAGGAGGAAAGAAUGAAACUUCCUAAUGGGGAAGGGGAUUCCUGCAUGCUUCUACUAAUAUCCUUGCCUUAAGAGCAGGUGUCAGCCUGAUCCACAGUGACAAUUGAGGACUGAAUCAUCCUAAACUUUCAUAAAAAAAGAGUAUGGGUUUAAUAUUCCACAUGGUUGUGAAGGAGAAAGAGAGGAAUAGAAGCAAAUGACAAAAUUCAAUUUGAGGAUAGGAUAUUCCACCGAGUUGUACAAUUUUAAAUCUUGCAUCACCCUGGCUAUAAUAUAUGCAAUAUCAAUUUAGCUCACAAACCCAGUGUCACAGUCGAGUAUUUCAGAUUCAACCUGAUUACAGCUUUGUAACACAUUAGACACUGGGAAGAGAAAGAUUUGGUCAAAAUACAAAAGAGAUAGCUUGUGUCUCCCCAGGUUAUUUUAUCUGCAAUUCAUCGGUAUAUUUAGCUGUAACGUUAUUCAACUCAGCAACACAAUCAGGAAAAAACCUGCACUCGUGAUGUAGGAUGAGAGAUGACAGUCUAUGGAAAAGGUCUGGAUGGUCCAGUGUUACAACAAAGUGCCCCCACUGAGCUGUAGCCAAGCUGCUGGAAGGCUGCUCUCUUUCACUAGACGGAACACCAAACACAAGAGACAAACCAACAACUCCAAGAGUGAAGCCUGGAUAUCAUAUUAAAUAUCUUAAUGAUGGAGGCUGUGACAAGUACAAUUGUGAUGGAGGGAAGGAAGGUCUCCUGGACAUGUCCCCCAUUCUUGCUCUUUGUGAUGCUAACUAUUGUUGACACUUUCUUGGCAUGCCCCACACACUGUUCUUGUAAUAAUUAUGAAGUGGAUUGCAGCAAUCUUGGCUUGGUGACCAUCCCAGCAGACAUUCCAUCAAACAUCAAAUUUCUCUCGCUCAGUAACAAUAAACUCAGCACAUUCCAGGCUCUCACAUUCACUAAUUUUACCACACUGGAGAAGCUGGAUCUGUCCAACAACUACUUGGACCAACUACCAUCGAAUGCAUUUGAUUACAUCAGGAACUUGAUUGACCUCAACUUACGAAACAACAGCAUUCGAAGCCUGGAUAAAAAUAUCUUCUAUAAGACCACCAACUUGCAGAGGUUAGACCUUUCUGUUAAUGGUCUCUCUCAGAUUCCACUACUUUUAUUUGACGAAAUGCAGAAUUUGACCUGGUUGAACUUGGAAGAGAAUAGGAUGCCAAAUCUUGAAAGAGAGGUCUUUGAGCCACUUGAAGUUCUUCAGCAAUUACAACUCGGCGGGAACCCCUGGGAGUGUGACUGCAGUCUGAGGGAUUUCAAACACUGGAUGGAGUGGUUCCAGUACAAAGGUGGAAAACUUGAUGGAAUUGAAUGUUCUCUGCCAAAAGGCCUCCGUGGGAAAGAUCUCAGAGUAAUUCCGAUAGAGAUGUUCAACUACUGUGUCCAACUGGAGGAUGAAAAUAAAUCUUCAGUAAAUAGAAAAACAGUCACUGCCCCUCCCUGUGUGAAGCAAGAGCUCAUCACCUCAAGGCCACAGUACAUUCAUACCUCAGAGUGUGCAAGGCAACGUUACCGUCCAGUCAGUGUCAGGCGAGCCAUUGGGACAGUCAUCAUUGCUGGAGUUUUAUGUGGAAUUGUUUGCAUCAUGAUGGUGGUGGCUGGAGCAUAUGGCUGCAUAUAUGCCUCCUUGAUGGCAAAAUACCACCGGGAGCUUAAAAAGCGCCAGCCACUGAUGGGAGAUGGUGAGCAAGAGCAGGAGGAACAAAAGCAAGCCUCCUCCAUGGCCUGAGGUAUCAGUGCGAGGAUAGCUCUGGUUUGAAUGGGAAAAAAACUACCAUCUUCAGUUUUCUCCAGUUUAGGCCUCUGUGUGCUUGUUGCAGUGCUAAUACAAGUGUUGAUGUUAAAUUCUCACUGAGGUACAGGGAAGCAAUCAAAGUCAUCUAAUCAAAAUGCAUCUACAGGCUUAUGUCCUGCUGUGUUUAAUUUCUGGAGCUUCAAGAAAUAUAGAAGCCAUUGAUAUAUGGGCUUCUGUAGAAAGAAAGGAGAUGGUCUUCAAAACUUUAUUGCAUGCCAUUUAUUUGACGGAUAUUUAGAACUCAAGGCAGAAUUGUUAUUUCAAUCCUUGACUGAAGUUGACUCUUUUUAGUUGGAAGAACAAGAAUUGAGCCUUUUGCUUCCUUUUAGGUAUUUUUAUAUUUUGUUUGUUUCAUUGUCCAGAUAGUUUUAACAUACAAUAUAAAAAUAUAUUGUCUGGAAAGAAGACACAUGAUGGAUAAAACUGUAGUUUAUCUUGGUAUUAGGUAGCUGGCUUCAAGUACCAAUGCAUGUAGCAACAAGGUUGAUUAUUUUGCGAGGCUGUCAACCAAAAAUAUUAAAACCAAAAUUGAAAACUUA